AUGUACCCUGAGUUUCAAUAUCGGCGACCACCACCUUCCUAUGAUGUGUCUAUGCAAGAAUACCAACAGCAGCUACUACAACAGUACCAACAAUCUAUGAACAACACUGAUAAUUACAGCCUACCAAGUUCUCCACCUCCCACCUACCGGUCACGGGCCAGCACCCUGCGACCAGGAGUUUAUAUGGUGUUCCCACCUAACCCAAAUGAAAGUUACCCAAAUUCUUUACCUCCUACCUACAGGUCGCAAAUGAGCGAUGCCCAUUCACGACCAUCACUGCCCCUAACUGAGUGUGACUCUGAGAGCUUUGCCAUAGCAGACCUGUCGGACUUUCAGAAUGAUCCCAUAUCUAAUGACACUUUAGAGUCCAAUACAAACUCUAUCAACACUGACAGUAACUUUAGCACUAUGAACCAUUUCAGGCCCUACCCCGUGGACCACCAUACGCCAGCGUAUCGUCCUGAAAUAGGGAACCUUACCAUUGAUACCACACCAUCAAUGUAUCCGGGACGCUCUCAAGGAACCAUGACAGACCCCGAAGGAUUGACACCCUGUUCGACCACUUUACCAGCAAGCUACAGAACUGAUGUUCCGUGUGAUAUUCUUACGAACACUCCCUCUUCCCCCCCGCCGUUACCAGCACCUCCUGCUGCCGAUGCCCUCAGCAGACCAGAACUGUUGAGUGAGAGGACAUUCGGUGCAUCAAUUGCAGACUAUUGUGAGAACAGCGGUGUUACCAAUAGCAACUCUAUCAGUCGAAACUCUAGUGCCGAGCACGUCGAUGCUUUGCCAAACUCUGCCACCCCUUCCUCUUCCUCCUCUUCCUCUUCCCCCUCUUCUACUCAAAUAAAAGCUACAGCUGAGACGUGUUUGUGA